AUUUACGUUUGUGUGUUAUUCUAAGAUUAACGCAAUUUUACCUCGCUCUAAUAUAUAUGAAUUAAUGCGAAAAAUUAUAUAAAGGGGUUGGUUGGAUAAGAAAGUGUUGCAAAGAUUAAUUUACGUCAAAUUUCUGCCAAAAGUAAUUAUCCCUCUGACACCUAAAAGAAUGACGAUGGCAGGUAACGGUUUGAAAUCUAAAUCAUUUAUAGUGGCAUUGGAUCAGGGCACUAGUUCCUCAAAGGCAUCUAUAUAUGACGAGAGAGGUAACUGUAUCGCGUCUCAUUCUAUAAAUUUGGUCAAACACCUCCCACAUCCUGGAUGGGUGGAGCAUGAUCCCUUCGAGAUUUUAGAAAGUUGCUACACGUGCAUGUUAGAAGCUGCCAGAAUAGCAACAAAAAAAGGCUACGUUGUCAAUAGCGAAACCAUAAAGGCUUUAGGUAUUGCCAACCAAAGGGAAACAACUAUUAUUUGGGACAGCAUCACAGGAAAACCAUUGUAUAAUGCUAUAGUUUGGCUAGACAUCAGAACUCAAAAUAUUAUCACGAGGUUUGCAGCCGAACUCCCUAAUGGAAUCAAUGAGUUUCGCGAACUUACGGGUCUUCCAUUAAACCCUUAUUUCAGCGCUCCUAAAAUCGUUUGGUUAAUGGAAAAUGUGGUAAAAGUUCGCGAAGCCAUCACCAAUAGACGUGCUAGAUUCGGCACGGUUGACUCGUGGCUUUUAUGGAAUUUGACCGAUGAAGGAGAGGGUGGGAUUCACGUAACUGAUGUAACCAAUGCCAGUCGAACACUCUUAUUUAAUUUGCGCACCCUUCGUUGGGAACAAGCAAUUUGCGACCAGCUUGGCAUUCCUAUGCACAUACUGCCUACAGUGAAAAGUAGCGCGGAGGUCUACGGCGUAAUCAAGAAGCCAUUAGAUAUGUUCCAAAACGUACCCAUUGCCAGCUGCUUGGGUGACCAGCAAGCUUCGCUAUUAGGACAUAGAUGCAUGAAUUUCGGCUCGACAAAGUGUACACUUGGGACUGGUUGCUUCAUACUGUGUAACACUAGAAACAAACUAGUUGAAGCUCAAACACCGCUCAUUACGACAAUUGCAUGUCAAUUCGGACCGCAACAGCCUGUCGACUAUGCUCUCGAAGGAAUAAUCCCAACAGCGGGGGCCGGAAUUGAUUGGCUCAUUAAUACACUGGGAUUUGCCAAAGAUGCUGAUGAAUUUGAUGAGCUAGCUUCUACCGUAGAAGACACCAAUGGCGUCUAUUUUAUUCCAGAACUUACUGGGCUGCUGGACUCAUCACAAAACUUGAUCUCGAAUGGAUCAAUAGUUGGGUUGACGUCUUGUACGACUAAAGCCCACAUUGCCAGGGCCAUAGUCGAAGCAAUUGGAUUUCAAACUAAAGAUAUUUUGUUAGCCAUAGAAAAGUACACCAAUUCAGAAAUUCAAGUUCUAAAAAUAGAUGGCGGAAUUUCUAGGUCGGGCGUCAUAGCCAAAAUUUUGAGCGAUGUGCUGGGAAUAGAGCUAGAAAAACCGAAUGUAUCUGAGAUAACAUCUUAUGGUGCAGCUUUCGCAGCUGGAAUGGCAGUAGGAGUCUACAGCCAAUUGUCCGCAGAGUUCAGAAAUGAGAAAAUUUACGUUCGUCCUUCAACGAAGGAAUCUACAAGACGCUCAAAACUAGAGCAAUGGAUAAAUAUAAAAAAAAAAGUGUAUUCCUCAAACACCAGCUGUCCAUAACUAUGCUUAAUACAAUAAUGCCUACAGACUCCUAUUUAUCUUUUUUUAUUGUCGAUCAGAGAAUUUCAUUUGUAUCAAAUUAGGUGUGUCAUGGGGCUCUCUUAAUUUUCAUAAACCUUAACACCCGAUGCUAAAACGAGACAAAAAAUAGUAGCACAAGUCACUCUUUAUACCGCGGUGGUUUGAAUCUCACCUUCUCUGCCAUCCCGAUAGUUAGAGGGGAGGAUACGGCCGGUGAGCUAAGCCAUAAACCGAAUUGAAAGGAAAUUAACGUUUGAAGCACCUAAUGUUGUACACUAGCUCAAAAUAGCUAAUAGCCGUCAAAACUUGGUAGCUAUAAUCCCUGCCAUGGACGAUAGAUGAGUAUCUGAAAGAUACCACAUGUUUGAUAGUCGAACGGAGGGCUAAAGGGGACUAAUUAUAAAUAUGAAACACCUUAUCGCGAAACAAGCUAACAUUAGGUAACGCUGACGAUACUUUAUAUUAAUUAAGUUAAAAAAAAUUAUUUUUAUCUAACUACAGCUUUAUCAUGUCAAAUCGCGGCUUACUUGUGAUACUGUUGUAUUGACAAUUGUCUAUAUAUGUGAGCACUACAACUACCCUCUCUAUAUUAUAGCCUUCGAUAUAUUUUUAUUAUAUUCAAGAUUUUAAAGCAAGCGACACCGAUGGGCUCAAGUUACUUAAAACAAUGCUUUAUUCUCUUUAUCUGCUUCUUUCUUGUGAUAGACAGUGCAAGACCUAUAUCUGAGUUACCGCGUCAGUACACGCCGUAUAAAGAAGCUGAAAUCCAUACACUGGAAGAAAGUAUACACAAUGUGAAUAGCUCUGUGAAACAAAAUGCGCAUACACAGAAUGCCACACUUGAGGAUGAUCAUGAAUCAUCCAAGCAACUUGCGCAAACGGAGCCCGACACUAUCCUCGACAAAAAAUAUCAAACAAUUUCGUACACCGAUACUAAUCCAAUAAAUUCAAAAUUGUUCUAUGGGGCGAUUGAUAAUGGCUCGGGCGAGUUCGAUACUCCUUACGUGCUAUCCACUAUCUCCCGUAAAAUUUUGCAUUCUGGGUCUGAAAAACCUGAUUUGAAAGGUGUGGUCGGUGCAUUGUCUGGUCUUUUCGCUGAACCUGAGCCAACACUUGAACCAGCACCAGAGUCUGGAUCUGGUUCCGAGCCUGAACCUGCACCUGAACCAGAGCCUGAACCAGAGUCUGGAUCUGGUUCUGAACCUGCACCUGAACCAACGCCUGAACCGGCACCUGAACCUGCAUCUGAACCUGCACCUGAGCCAACACCUGAACCUGCACCUGAGCCAACACCUGAACCGGCACCUGAACCGGCACCUGAACCGGCACCUGAACCGGCACCAACACCUGAGCCAACGCCUGCACCCGCACCUGAACCUGCACCAACACCUGAGCCAACACCUGAACCUGGGCCAACGCCUGCACCCGCACCUGAGCCAACGCCUGCACCCGCACCUGAGCCAACACCUGAACCUGAGCCAACGCCUGCACCCGCACCUGAGCCAACACCUGAACCUGAGCCAACGCCUGCACCCGCACCUGAGCCAACACCUGAACCUGAGCCAACGCCUGCACCCGCACCUGAGCCAACACCUGAACCUGCACCUGAGCCUGCACCCGCACCUGAGCCAACACCUGAACCCGCACCUGAGCCAACGCCUGCACCUGCACCUGAGCCGACACCUGCACCUGAACCUGAGCCAACACCUGCACCUGCACCUGAGCCAACACCUGCACCCGCACCUGAGCCAACGCCUGCACCUGAACCUGAGCCAACACCUGCACCUGCACCUGAGCCGACACCUGCACCUGCACCUGAGCCAACACCUGCACCUGCACCUGAGCCAACACCUGCACCCGCACCUGAGCCGACACCUGCACCUGAGCCAACGCCUGCACCCGCACCUGAGCCAACACCUGCACCCGCACCUGAGCCAACACCUGUACCACCUAUUCCUUCUAAGAACAUAUCAGUGUUUAGCCUCUGUUACGAAAAAAUUGGAGAUAGUACUGAUUAUCGUUCAUAUUUUUCCUAUAAUAAUCCAAACGGUCAGGCACUCGCAGCUAGCGAUUAUAGUAGCGUCUUAACUGGUGCUGAGAUGUACUCGAAACCUAUAACUUCGUUCUUGCCAUACUAUCAACCCCUAGCGCUUGUAACGGUUUCAAAAUUAACUUCUGAACCUACAGAAAGUGACUACAGAGUUACGUGGACUCUCGAGCACAAAACCUAUCCCAAUUUCACAUCUCAUGCAUACAUAGACCUGAACGAUACGAGAUAUGAAUGUAGCAAUCAACGAUAUGAUUCAGUUAGUCUUGUGUACAAACGUAUGGGCCUAAUUCCGUCAACCGAAGAAGAGAUUAAAACUCAGGACAGUUUGGUGUCAGAGCGUAUUGAUAGCUCACUAGCUGGAGCUGGGGUCAGCGAUCUUAGUAUUAGUGUUAUAAGUUAUAUGAAGCCAUCGGAUAUAGAUGAAAAACGUAUUAGUUUUAGAGAUGCAGAGGUGUUCAAAAAAUUGGUCACUCUGCUAAAUUAUGUACUAGCUGAGGAAGACUACUAUUAUGCGCUUGUGUUCUUCGCUACUCCUGUCAACAUUACGUCCAUGAAGUCUGUAAUUGAAUAUGAUCACGGAUUAGCAAUUUAUAUACCGGCUGAUCUUGAUGGCCACCUACCAGAUCCAACUUCAGAAAAUAAUAAUACCGUGAUUAUUGCUAUCAUUGCCGUCAUAGUUGUCGCCCUUAUCAUAUCCGCGCUUCUCCUUUUUGUCGUCCCAAGGAUGCGAAAACAUUACAAGAAAUCUAAGCAUUUGUCUAUACCCCUUCCUGAAGGUCCUGUAGGAUCUGCACCUAUUCAGAUCGAUACCUCUGAGGACAUGGAUAACGAUGAAGAGGAGUACUAUGAGAGUGAAUUGGAGGAUGAAGGCGAAUACGAUGAAGAAGAGGAAGAAAGCGAAUACGAGAGCUCAAAGAUAGGUGACAGCGGUACCGCAGAUAAAAGGUACCCGACUGCUCAAAAAAGUUAAUUAAUCCGAUUUACCAUUUAAAAUAGAACGUGACGACUGCAUUAUUGAAACGUUCCUGCUCAGAGGUUAGGCGUCCCAGGUGUGCACGUUUCAAACAAUGGAUGUUAAGUUCAUGUCAUUCAUUCUGUGAAAUAAACUGGAUUUUCAAAGUUGUCGUUAAAGAAAGGUAGAUAUAUAAGGACUAUGAUUUUUAUUUUUGCAAGUUGGAAUACACAUAGUUGAAGAUAAAGUAAAAUGGUAUUUUAUGGUAUGAAACCAACUCCGAACCGACGACGUAAAUGCGGAUUAGUUAUAUCGAGAGAAGAAGAGACGCGUAUUUCUAACUAUUGGUUUUGUCUUUGUGGUUGGCACACUGACGAACUCCCCUCGCAAACUUUAUCAAAAAUAAACAAUUUUCUCAAAUAAUAACAA